GGAAACGAACAAUGGUACCACGUGAUUCCGCUGUGUUUCGCUUAUGGUUGCCAUGGGAAAGAAAACACGUAGCCAGUAGUAACGCACUAAUCACGAGCCGGCCAUUUCAUUCUGCAAUGGAUGUUUCAGGGAGUUUGGAAGUGAGGUGGGUGCAGGGGUUCACCAGCAGCAAAGUUGCAUUUUUGGACAAAAAAACAGCCUGUUACCCCUGUGGAAAUUACAUCACCUUCCUCAAUGUGGAGACAAAAACAAGAAAAGUGCUUCAGAGCCCUGGUCAUGGCAUCGGGGUCUUCACAGCAAAUGGACUUUGUAAAACUCUCGCUUUUUCUGAGCAGAAACGUCUUCCAUCCAUUUUUGUGUAUGGAUACCCUGAGCUUAGCCUGAGAUGGGAGCUUAAAGGCACAGCUAAACUGGCCUACACAGCCCUCGCACUGAGUGACACUGCUCCGUAUUUAGCCAGCUGUUCAUCUUUACCUGACUACACCAUCACAGUGUGGAACUUGGAAAGGGGGAUUUCAAUUUGUAACAGUCGAAUGGAGGAAGAGGAUGCCAUAACCCUACUUUUCAAUCCAAUGAGCUGGCAGCAAAUUUGUGCUGUGAAUCCAAAAUGUCUAACAGUGUGGAAUAUUGAGAGAAGUAACGACUUCCAUAUUAUGAAGCCCAGUGUUAUUGAUCUCCCUGCCAUCGACGGCUCUGUAGUUGAGCAGGAGGUCGACACUUCUUAUGUCCCCACUGGGAAGCUGACAUACUCUGGCCCUCAGAUGCCCACUUCAGCUAUUGCAGGGCUGAUCGGUGACAGAGCAGAUAAAAUUUCGGCACUGAAUUCACUUCGAGUGAAACCUCGACUCUGCCCAAGUGCCAUCUGCUGGUCAGUGUCCUCAGAUCUAUAUGUUGGGACUAAAGAAGGUUUCCUGCUGCUAGUAAACACUGAAAGUCUCCUUGUAUCUAUUCUGCACAACCCUCAUAUUAAGCAAAGCCCCUCAGAUCCCGAUGCGAGCCAGGUGAUUCAGGAAGGCAGUUUUCAGAGCUUGGCACUACACAGUAAAGGAAUGUUUGCUACAGGACCUGAUGGUGUUUUGCAAACCCUCCAGAUUAAAGGGAACCAAGUGAAAGUGGUGGAAACUUUAGCUUUAGUGGAACCAGUCUCAAGUUUGUGCUUUUCACCUGACUAUGAAGCAUUGCUGCUGUCCUCAACCACUGGACGCAUUUACAAGUACAAUCCGGGGCUUAAAAAUGAAGUCGUCAAAGUUCUGGAUGUAUUGUGUGGAGACUUUAUCGCUGCUGCUCCAAUAUACACUGAAAAGAACCUCUGUGUGUCAGUCAGAGAGUCUGGGGAGCUGCAGCUGUGGUCACUGGAGGAUGGAGAUUGCAUUGCAUCCAUCUCUCUAAAGACAAAAGUGACCUGCUUGGCAUGUUGCCCAAUAGCACAGUACGUAGCUGUGGGAGCCGUAACAGGCCAUGUCCUGUUUGUGGAUCUGACCAGAGCACAAAAACCUCGACUGGUUCACACUGUCCAUCUGUACCAUGUGCCUGUAGAGCAUUUAGUUUUCGACCAAGGGGCAAAUUUCUUGAUUACAGGAGCAUUCCAUUCACACAUAUUUUUGCUGGAUGCAAGACCAUCUAAAGCAUUUGAGAUUAUUGGAUACACUGACUCUAUGGGUGCCACCGUGAGUCUGUCAACCCAGUACCAGAAAGAGAGCAAGAAGGUGGAUGUGCUGGUGCUCUGUAAUAGUGGGAAGAGGAACAGGAAGGCUAAGGAACAUAAGGAAGGGAAUCUGUUCAUGUUGCUGUCAGUGUCUACACAGCAGAUCUCAGAUACAGCAAAUUGUGUGGACCCCCAUGGCCGCCUGCGAGAACAAGUUAUUCAAACCUGUGUAUAUGAGAUCCCACACUCUCUUUCCUCAUGUGUUCUGGGUACCAAAAACAUCUUUGGUUAUUGUCACCAGAAGAAAGUUCUGCAGAGAUUCCAGCUACCACAGAAUGUGGAUAAAUUGUCCAGCAAACAGAAAAUAAUUAGAUUGAGGCCAGAGAAGGAGGUAGAGCGUCAUCCUCUCGGCCCUGCAUUACUACGUCUCUCACCUCAUCAGAGCUGGCUGGCGUCUGUCGGCAGAGACGGGCUGCUUUGCAUCCAUGACAUCACCACUCUGGAGAAGUGUGUGCAAAAGCAGUGCCACUCUUGGUGGUUGGGAGGAAUUCGCUCUGUGUCUUUCACCCCUGACAGUCAGACUCUUAUCACUACCGGUUUCCGAGAUGGCUCACUGGUCUGCAGCAGGCUCAGUUUAAAGAUGGCUGCAGCUACCCAGCAUGACCUGUCUAUGGUGGCCUCCUUUGAAGAUAAAAUUUCCCAAGAGAACCCCAUCCUCAGUGACAUGGCUGACUGGGAACCGCCAUCACAGGCACCAGUAGAGGUCAGUAACAAUGACCAAGAAACAACUGACAUAACAGACAAGAGUUAUAACAGUCUGCCUUCUACAACUCCAUUCAAUUCCACAUGGCUGGAUAAUAAACUAAAUACAGUACUCGAAGAGGAGAGCCAGCAGUUUUCAGAGACCAAGAGGAGUCUUAAGAAGAGUGUAGAGGAACUUCGGGACACAAUCCAGGCUAUGAUGCAGGAGAAUGAGAAGCUGCCAGACAUGGAGAAGCUGGAGCAGCUGGAAUUUAACCUGGACAUGGAGGAGCAGCAGAGACUACAAGCUGAGGGAAAGCAGGAAGUCACCAAGGUGAGAAAGGAGAUUGAGCAUGAGAACCUGGCAAAAUGUUAUCUGCACGAUAUUCUCAAGAAAAAGUACUGGGACUCCAUGAACGUGAAAGGGAAGGCCAUUAAGGCCUUCCACUCAGGGUAUGAAGUGGAUAACUUUCCCAUGAAGGAACGCACAGCAAAGGAACUAGAAGAGCUUUACAGGGUAGAAGCCAUCCGAAAGAUCGAACAGGCUGACACUAGUUUGCAGCAGGACAUUUUGGAGAACAACAAGGCACCAUUAGAGAGAGAUGAAGAUGAGGAGGAUAAAGGGCAUGAGGUGGAGAGCUCAGCUUUAACAGGUAGUCUGAGUGCUCAGUAUGGAGGUUCCAACCCUCACUUAUACAGCCAGUUCAGUCUGCGUACAAGAGACCAAAAGAUCAACCAGAUCACCCUGAUACAGGACGUUAUUUACAAAGUGAAAACAGCUUUUAACACAGAGUUUGAGGCUGUGUACAAGCAGAAGGAGCAAGAGAUCAACCGCAUAAGAGAGAAGAACAAGCGCAUUACAGAGAUUAUGAGUAAGUUGGAGCUGCAGGAGACCCUGUGGGAGCCCACUCUGACCGACAACGAGAGACCAGAGAGAGCUCUCACUGUCAGUGACUCUGAGAUCAAGGUUGAGAUAUACCUGACACCUGAGCAGAGACAGAGAGAGGAGGAGCAGAGAAAGGAAGAGGAGCAGAGGAGGCUUGCAGCAAAGGUGGACAAUAUCAGAGAGCGAGCUUUGGAUGAUAUGAUGGGUGGAGUUCUUGAGGUCAAAAAAGAGGACAUCCUGAGUAUGGAAGUACCACCACCAGAGUUUAUUGAUAAGCCUGAGCUCCAGUGGACAGAGGACGAAAGAAGAAGCUACAAAGAGUAUGAGAGAAAAAUAAAGGAGCUCAGUGAAGAACAGGAGAAAUAUAGAAAGACCUUGGAGGCAGAGAUGAAGAAACUGCAGGCGUCCCUUAAAGAUGCCACCCAGGCUUUUGAUGAAACACUGAGCAAGCUGUUUGAAAGGAAAGUGAAAUUAGAAAUGAUUGUAUACCAGGCAAAGCUAAAGAUCACCAAUCUGUUCCAUUCCUUACUAAUUGAGGAAGAGAUGCUGAACAGAGAGGAACAGCUGAUCUACAGACUGGAGAAGGCACAAACUGUUAAGAAUCAAAUUGGGAAAACUUUGAAUAAUCACAGAGAGGAUGUAGAGGCCUUUCGGGAGAUAUACGAUAAUACAGUAGCAGAAGAUAAACUUCUUGAAAGUGGAUUUCGCAAAGAGUUUUUUGAUGUCCCUGGACACAUUGUUGACCAGCUGUACAAGCUCUACAAGCGCAGACCCAGGAUCCAGAUUAUGAGGACACAGACAGACAAGAUAGGCUCGUUUAAGGAAUCUCCUAUGCUGAGUCGAGCAGCAGCAGAAGGACUCUCACAGAUGAUGAAGGCUAUGGAGGAGUUAGAUGCAACACAGAACAUGCCAGAGGGUCUGGACCCAGCCGUGUGGGAGAGAUUCUGUCUGGCCAGGAGGACCAAAGUAGAGAGUGAGCAGAAGGUAAAAAUGAAGGCACUGACUUUAGCGGAGAUGCAGACUUUUCUGCAGAAGAGAACAGCAGAGGAGGAGAACGCACAAAUGGAAAUCAAGAACCUUGUCGAUAAUCUUAAUUGCCUGCGUGAAGAGAGGUCGAGGUUCUGCCUCAACGUUAUGGUGCAGAUUCUGGUAAAACAGGGCCAGGUUGAGGUGGAGGCUGGAGACUUUACUGCAGACUACUCAGACGCUUUGUUGCUCCACCGCAGUGUUGUGGAGGACCUGAACAACACCAUCAGGGCUUUAGGAGAGCAGAAGAUCACCAGCAUGGUGGAGUGCAAAGAUUUUCAUAAAGGAAUAAUUCAGCAGGAAUGGGAACAUAAGAGGAUGAGUAGGCAGAUAGAAGAUCUCAAAAACAAAGCCAGAGACAUUCAGAUGCUGCAUGUGUCUCAGGAACUCCAAGAGUACCUGACAGAGACAGACCAUGACAACAGAAUGUCCAAGAAGGUAUCUACUCUGGAGAAGACAAUAAUGUUACAAGAGAAGACUUAUAUGAAGAAUGUAGAGAGCUGUAAGAAGCUGAUAAAGGAGCUGAACAGACAAGCUGAGGUGAAAAAAGAAAAUAAUGCAGCUUUAGAUCUGCAGCUGACCAACAUGCAAGUGACUGUUGCAGAAAGAAGAAACAUCUAUGAAACCACAGCAAUGGAGGAGAAUCAAGAGCAUGAAGUUAAGCAACGCUAUCAAAACAUCCUGCAGAGGAAGAACCUUGUGGACUUGGCCAAAGCACAGGAUAUGGACAUAGCCAUUCUGAGCGCUGAGUUGGAAUGCAUGCGGAUGAAAACAUUUCCUGCUCUUUCUCAAUAGAAACAUAUCCGAUAUAGAACUUUGAAUACAAAAUCCUGUUAGACACUAUUCACAAUCAUAUUUAAAUGAGCAAAAUAUGUAACAAAGUGCAAAAAUGUGGAAUAAAUCUGU